GGUGUCACUCGUGUCACUAACCCUACUUUUAAAUGUUUCAAAAUAAAAAAGCAAUGUUUUAUUAUUUUUAAACAUUAAUGAAUUUUGUAAAUUUACAUACGAAAUUUAUCUAUAAUUUUCAUAAUUUGACUAUCUUUUAUAAGAGCAUCAGGUUUUAUAGUUUAAUUGCCAUGGAGUCGGAAGAACCUCAACAGAUUGUUGAAGGUCUUGCUCAAAUUCAAACUGGCGGAAAAGUAUUUUAUAAUCCCGUUCAGGAAUUUAACAGGGACCUCAGUAUAUUAGCCAUUUCAACAUAUGGAAUGUUACUACAAAAAGAAAGAUCUUUGAAAACAUCUGAAGAACCAUCUGUUGAAAUACACGAAUGUGGUAAAAAAUAUGAUACUGGAUUAAGCAUUUUAGAAGCAUUAUCAGCAACUGGGUUGAGAAGUAUUCGCUAUGCCAAAGAGAUACCUGGUGUUAAAGAAAUAAUUGCUAAUGAUAUAUCACUUAAAGCUGUUAACGAUAUAAAGAAUAACGUAAAUUUAAAUAAAGUAGAACAUUUAGUUUCUCCAAGCCACCAGGAUGCGACAAUGUUAAUGUACGAACAUAAAAGAGAAAAUCAUUUUGAUGUCAUAGAUUUAGACCCAUAUGGUUGCCCUUCUAUUUUCUUAGAUUCUACAGUACAGUCUAUUAAAAAUGGAGGUUUACUAUUGGUUACAGCCACUGAUAUGGCUGUAUUGGCAGGAAACACUCCAGAAACAUGUUAUUCAAAAUAUGGAGCAAUAUCUCUGAGAACAAAGAGUUGUCAUGAAAUGGCAGUGAGGAUUUUGCUGCAAUGUAUUGAGUCACAUGCAAACCGAUACGGGAGAUAUAUAGAACCUCUUUUAUCUAUAUCUGUUGAUUUUUAUAUCAGGGUGUUUGUUAGGGUACAUACAGGAAAUUACAAGUGUAAAUAUACCAUAAGCAAAUUAUCUCACGUGUAUCAUUGUACAGGAUGUGAUAGUCACAUCCUACAACCUUUGGGAAUAACAAAACCUAAUGAAAAAAAUCAAUCAAUAACCAAGUUUUCUUUACCAACUGGUCCGUUCACAUCUUCUAGCAAUUGUACUCACUGUGAAAGCCCAUAUCAUAUGGGAGGUCCCAUAUGGUCUGCACCUAUACACAACCCACAGUUUGUCUCUGAAAUACUUCAGUCGGCAUCAGAAAGACUAGGAACAUUUAAAAGGAUACAAGGAGUACUAAGUUUAGUACUAGAAGAAUUGAAUGAUGUACCUUUGUAUUAUACACUACAAAAUUUAGCAGGUGUACUUAAACUUGUAACUCCUCCUAUGACAUCUUUGAGAUCGGCCAUUUUAAAUGCUGGCUAUCAAGUCUCAGCUUCACACAUGCACAAGACAGCUGUGAAAACAAAUGCACCCUGUAAAGUUGUGUGGGAUAUAAUGAGGUGCUGGGAGAAGUUACACCCAGCGUCCCAAAAAAACAUUGCCAAUAAUAAAGUUGCCUCUCACAUCCUAUCUCAGACAUCAGAACAACAACAUUCAUUUGAUAUCCAUCCAGAGGCAACAUCUCAAUCGAAACUGAAGGGUUUGGUUAGGUACCAAUUAAAUCCAUUACCAUUUUGGGGCCCAGGUUCCAAAUCACAAGCAAUGGUUGGAAAGGAAAAGAUGCAAAAAAGCAGAAGAAAUCAAGGAAAAAGGAAAAGGGAAGAAUCCAUAGAUAGUUCAGUGUAAAUAUAUCUUUAUUUGCCGAUUUUAAAAAUAAACAAUGUAAAUA